CUCAAGUACAAAUACAUCUGGCAACAUAACAUCAUCUUUCUUUCUGAAAACAAGCUGCUUUUUUAUUAUAAAGAUAUACAGCAGGUUGCACCAGCAAGCAAAAAUUAGCAAUGGCAAAGUUGCUGAUGUGUUCUGAUCACGAUGAGAAGCUUAAACUGUUCUGUGAGACUUGUCAGAAGCUGGUGUGUGUCAUCUGCCGGGAUGGAGACAAGCAUGCAAGACACAUGUUUAAACCAGUGAAAGAAGCUGCACAUAUCAGCAAGAUGGAGCUUAAGGCUGCUUUAGAUUUUCUUGAUGAAGAAAAUGGACAAUUCAAAUAUUUGAUCAACAAACAGAAAUAUGAGAUCACUAAAACUGAGAAUGAAUCCAAAACCCUAUUAGCAAAGAUCUCUGCUCAGUUUGAAGAAAUGCACCGGUUUUUACAAAAAAAAGAAGCAGAGGUGAAGAAACAGUUGGAGAACGAGGAGAAGAAAGUUGUAGAAGUCAUGCAGAAUAACCUGUCCCUGAUCGACUUAAGGUUUACAGAGAGCAAAAAGAACGAGGAUAUUCUGCAACCAGCCUUGGAGUCUGAUCAGCCCGAACACUUUCUACAGUGGUGGAGUGAAACAGGAUUUCAACAGACGGAGGCCAUGCAGACAGAUAGAAGGAUACCAUCCAAGUAUAUAUCAAAGGUGAAGGAUCUUAUUGCAUGCACUGGUUCCUUCUUUCUUGGCCCCCAUGAAACUCAUCUGCAGUUCUUUGUGUGGAAAGAGAUGUUGGGAUCCAUCAGACCAGUUCCUGAGGGCUUGACCCUAAAAGAUCCUAAAAGCACAUAUUUAAAAGUGUCUCCAGGGGGAGCCAGAAUCCGACAAGCUGACAGAAUAACAGGUCUGUAUAAAAACUUCAACCCUGGUACAGUUUCACAGGAAAACUACCAAACCGGCCAGCACUACUGGGAAAUAGAGGUCGGAGAAAAGCCAGACUGGACCGUGGGAGUUAAGAUGGGUGCAGCAGAGAGUGAGAUCCUGCUCCACCUUAAACACAGUAGAGGAUACGUUCUGUCCUGUGAUGGAAAGGACACUUCAAUGAAUACUCGACACAAACCACAGAAAAUAGGGUUGUAUCUGGACUGUGACAGAAAGCAGGUGUCGUUCUAUAACGCUGACAACAUGUCUUGCUUGGUCCAGAUCAGCUACAGCUCAAAGCAGCCUUGCUGUCUUACUCUGGCUCCAGGACUUUAUCUGGAUGGGAUGAACACUGAUCCUCUCACUGUCUGCUCGUACGAUCAUUUCAAUUAGUAACUAUUAGGUUUCAUUAGGCAUGCAUCUGUAAACAUCUAACCAGCAGAGGGAGCCCUCACCUGAGUACUAGUGGAUUAUAGCACACGUGUUGAGACUUCCUGUUGUUUAACUGAUUCCUGUAUCUCGGACUCUGUUCACCUGUGUUGUUUGCCUGAUUGGAUUGCUAACCUAUUACUGCCUGCCUACUGACCUCGUAUCUCGGACUAUCCUUGAACCUGUCUGCCUGGUAUUGACCCUUUAUCUGUUUUAUCACUGAUGUCUAUUGUCUUGCUCACUAAUAAACUUCCACACAUGAAUUCUACUUCGUCCAUGUUACAAUUCGUGACCUCCCCUUUAAGAGAAAGACCAACACUGCCUGUUGUGUUGCAAUAAUAUUCAAAUUAUUUGUAUACAUGCAAAAGUAUUCUGGAAACAUUAUCAGCAUCUACUGAGUUUGGACAUGUUUGCCAUAAUUAGUCAAUCAUACAAAUGUAGUACUAGAAUUUCUAGACUAAUAAACAUUUAACUACUUUAACUAUGGAUUAUGUAAUAUCUCGUUUUAUUUAA